CUGAAUAGAAACAUCGCGAUAAACCCCCCUCCUUUGCGUCCCUGAAAUCGACAAGCUAGCUGGUGUCACCGUAGCGGAGCGCCCUGUCUUAAUCCAGACCUCCAGAACGGCCCCGCAGAGGACCCGCAGCCAGACCCCCCUCGAAUCCACGCAACCCGACAGCGCCGCCGUCGCGGGAUAGGCAGAGCCGUCGCCAGUCGCCAUGGGCAACAUAUUCGGGAACCUGCUGAAGAGCCUCAUCGGGAAGAAGGAGAUGCGCAUCUUGAUGGUGGGGCUGGACGCGGCGGGGAAGACCACCAUCCUCUACAAGCUCAAACUGGGGGAGAUCGUCACCACCAUCCCCACCAUCGGCUUCAACGUGGAGACGGUGGAGUACAAGAACAUCAGCUUCACGGUGUGGGACGUCGGCGGGCAGGACAAGAUCCGGCCCCUGUGGAGGCACUACUUCCAGAACACGCAGGGCCUGAUCUUCGUGGUGGACAGUAACGACCGGGAGCGGGUGAACGAGGCGCGGGAGGAGCUGAUGAGGAUGCUGGCGGAGGACGAGCUGCGGGACGCCGUGCUCCUCGUCUUCGCCAACAAGCAGGACCUGCCCAACGCCAUGAACGCGGCGGAGAUCACGGACAAGCUGGGCCUGCACUCCCUGCGCCACCGCAACUGGUACAUCCAGGCCACCUGCGCCACCAGCGGGGACGGCCUCUACGAGGGCCUGGACUGGCUGGCCAAUCAGCUCAAGAACAAGAAGUGAGGCGGGCCCGGAGGAGGCGGGGCCACAGUUAGGGGGAGGGAGGGAGGGGGGGGAGGGGUACUCGUUUUCUUUUCUGUUCUCGAGGGUUCGGGCAGGAGGGUUGGGCCGGGGGCUGUGAAGGAUCAUUGUGAACACCCCCUAUCUCCCAACACACACAAACAAAUAAACAAACGAACAUGUGCACUUCAUCCUAAGAUAGGUUUGCGUGUGCAACCCUUCAAGACAAUGGGAAAUUUAGUUAGGACUACCGUGAUUGGUCAAUCUGUCGCCAAGUGUUGCUGAGGUACCAAAAUUGCACUUAUCAUAGAUUUUCCCAUUCCUUACAGUCCCACAGAUUACUGUUUAAUUUGGCGCUCCAUGGCGCGCAAAGAAAUUAAAUGCAUGCAAGACUGUUUAUUUCAGAGCAAGUGUGAACAGCACAGUAUAAUUUGGCUAUAGUCCUGUAUAAAUCACCGAAUCUAGGUGGACUUCAGGCUUUUCCGAACCUCGGCCUACGGAAGCCUUUAUUUGCCUGAGAAGGCCCGUCUCAUCUGGGGACAGGCAGUUGAAUAGUAAGGCUUUUCCUCGGCGAGAAUGGCUGUUGUGUCUGUUUGCAGCCAGUGCUAGCUUGCAAUCUCUGCUACUGCCCGGGCUCCGGAAUUAAUGGCGGUACAUUUUCUAGGGCGGCGGCGGCGGCGCUGAAUGUGAGCAUAUGUAGAAUUUGAGUGGUCAUGUGACUCAUGGUCUUAGCUGCUGUCCGACUGUGACGUUAUUGUGAGUCUGUAAGUCCCGCUGUGAGAGGUACAAUCCAGAAACGGAAAUCCGAAGGCUCUACGGGUACACAGUGUAUUGAUUAAUUUAUUUUUUUGCGCUCGUUUAUUUAUUAAUUUUUCAAUUUCGUUUUGAACGUUGGCUUCUAAGCGGGGUAUGUGAAACUUGCACUCGCCAAUGCAGAGGUGUGUUCAGAGACUUAUGAGAAAGCGUUAUUUAUUCAUGUUAAUUAAAAAUGCCCCUGGAAGCAGACUUGGGAAACCCCAGGUGAGUCACAGGCCACUCUGAUGUCACUCCACCUCUGUCCAUUUUCCGUCACAGUUUUCACUUCAGUGUCCAAUAACUUCCGAACUGUUCACAUGAGCCGAACCUUCUCACAAAAUACAAACCUCUCUACACACCACCGGAUUGCAUGUUGCAGCUUCUGGUCUGUACGUUUCCCUGCAAAACGGUAUAGGACAUACAGGGUACAAAUCGCUCGUUUGUGUUCGAUUUUCAUUUUUCUCUAAAUGAGGAGGGUGUUGGUUUUACCUUUUACCCUCUCCGCCUUUUAAUACUUUUACAAUAAAAACAGUUGAAAUUUUUCAGAUCCUGUUGACAAGCUCCAGAACCUUCCAGAAACCGCGUGUAGGGACGGAAGUGACAGUGACACCGGCUUGUGGCCGCUCGGCUCCUGCAAAUCGAGCAUUUUUUCAUUGUUCCGUUUUUUUUUAUUGUUUUUUUUUAACCGAAAGCUUGGCUCAGUCCAGCUGGAUUGGCACAGAUGACCGAACCAACUGAGAAAAAAUGUGUUUUCACAAACGUCACACUGUGUUUCUUUCUGUCUGCGCUACGCUGCUCUACGUUCAGUCAAUGGCCCUACAGUGGAUUGUGUCUCUUAGUUGUGAGCAACGGAGAGGGGCAUUUCCAGCUAAAUGCAGUGUGUUCGCGGUCGGGAAUGACAGCGUUUCCUGUCGUAUUGAUUUUUUCUCCACUGUUACUUGACCGCGGUCGUGACCCCAGUCAGACAGAGUAGGGCACUGCACCUCAGUGUGCUUCUAACUGAGGACACAAGUCGUGGAUCUGCAGUUGGUUUUUGUCUGUACUAGGCAACCCGUUGAGCUGAAUCCACGAGUAUUUGGUUUUAUGAAUUUUUUGCUUAAUCGUGGGGAUAAGCUGUUGUUCUUUUUUGUGUACGAUUUUCCGUAACCUGUAAAAAUGAAGUAGGGAUCCUAAUCGGCACGUUUUUAUAUCAAUAUUAAGUCCUUUAUUUUGAAGUGUUGGGGGGGGUAGGAGUCAUGUGAUGUAACAGAGGUGGGGCUAUUGUUUUGCAAGUGUUGAAAACUGAUAUGACAAUGAAAAUCAAGGUUGUUUUAGGGGUUUUUAUUAUUUUAUUGGCUGGAACCUUUAUUUUUUAUUGUGUUUUAUUUAAGUUUUUUAUUUUUGCUCACUCUGUUUAAAGGUUGUGAACAUGCCAUGUCUCCUCAUGGGUUUUCAACAGUAAAGCAGAUCAGGGUUGCCAGAUUGAUUAAAUGUCUUUCAAAUGUAGAAAGGUGGAAAAUUUGAUGGGGUCGUUAUUGGGGAGGAAUAACAAACAUCUGGCAACGCAGAAAUGGGCACGUCUCUAGGAAAGCCUCCCUGGGGAACGGCACUCCUGGGCCAGUGGCACCGCAAACUUCUCCCCCUCCCCGUAGUCACCCGCUAACCCCCUUUACCCAUCGCUCACAUUCCCGCCCGCUUGCUAGAUAGACAAAGCGGUUAGCGACAGCUAGGCUAGAUAGAUGGCGCUAGCAGAACUGCCUGCGCUGCGCUGUGAAAAACGAUGAGGCAGUCGCAUGCCCUGCCUUCGUCUGGAUAGAUGUGUUUAGAGAGCUGCAUGCACUGUGGAGACGGAGGACUCCUGUUGCAUGCCCCUCCGUUUAGCCGCGUGGAUGUAGCCGCCUUCGUUUUUGUUCCCCCGGCCCUUUAAGAGCCGAGCUGCAGCAUGCGACGCAGGGGCCUGCUUAGCGUUUCAGCCGGCCGUGUCCGCGCCCGUCCGACGCCGUGCGGAGAUGGGGGAGGGGGGCGGGGCUCGCGCUGCGAUUCCUGGAGCCCCAGCGAAAACGCAGUGGCCUUUCGCUCUGUCGCAGGAGAGGGGGAGGAGUCGGAGGGAAGGGUCCAAACAGGCUCCCCUAGGCACCGGUUUUCCUACACCGAAUUGUCUGCCCUACUCCAGCCUUUUAAUAAGUGCUGACUCCUAGCAUUGGCUCUGUUUCUUAAGUGGCGGUGAUAGUGUAGGACUGGUAUAUGUAUCAGGACACAGCUGUGGCCGCUGGCGUCACACGGUGAAUGUUUGAUUCGAUGAAGGACUGGCGAUAGUUCCAGGAUCUGGUCUAAAUAUGUGGUUUUAAAUGAAUGCAGAUGUAUCUCUUUGUCCGGUUAUGUUCACCUAAUUUAUCAUAUUUGUUAUAUUUAUUUAUGGUAUUUAUCUGCGUACGCAGGAAGGGCCAGAAAGGAUCGAAUGAUCGUCAUGCGGUUUGACAUGCUCAAAAUAUUGGAUAAUGCAUUCGGCUUGAUACGUGUGCUACGCUGCUGAAAACUUAAAAGUUCAAUAAAAAAGAAACCUCCUUUGUGCACCAAGCGUGCAAAAAGACUCAGAGGCACAGGCCCUUUUUUUUUUACAAUGUGGGGACAAGGUCCUCAUACUGUCACGAAACCCUGAAAUAAAACAUUUAAAUGAACAAUGUGAGGACACUGUGUACAUUAUGUUUCGCUUUGAUUGUAUUUGAACUGGGCACGUGCAAACCAAUAAUGAAGCACUUACACGUGAACAUAUCUGCACGCAAGAGGGGCAUCGAUUUUGGCAAGGGCCCCUCAGCUGUGUUCAGAUUUACCGCGUUAGUGGCUCUGUACACAUCGACAAAUUCAGCAAACCCACCUUCUGGUUGCGUGGAAAACAUGCAUAUGGGUUCUGUAUUAAAAUAGCUAGUUAAGUGGUCUAAUUUUUUGUGGCCUUAUACUAUUAGUGUCGUGUAACUGAGUUUGUUUUCUUCUGUUAUUGUUUGUUUGCAAAUUGGAUGAGGUUUGACCAUUUUUACAGGGAAAUUUGUUUCUUUGAAAUACAAUAUUGUUUUUUAAAAAGAAUUGUUUACUAUUGUUUAUUUACUUACCCAUUUUCCUGUUUACAAGUUUGUGUUUGUUCCUUAGUGCUAGACCGUUCAUUUUCCAGCCAUUAGAUUCCUGUGUUUUUAAGAGUGUUGCUUGAUUAUUUUGGUCGUAGAUUUGAUGUUUUUGGGUCAAAAACUUUGAUGGAUAGACUGUCUGUGAAAAAAAUAAAAUAACAAAAAGACCAUUAAAGUGUAUCGAUGAUGAAUCACUCAGUAACAUAAUGAAGACGUAGUAAGUGGUGAUAAAACAUCUGGUCUCUGGAGUCACCGCUUGACCCUGCGACUGUAAAAUAUGAUAAUAAACUGGUGUGUUGAAAAAUAAACCUGUUUUCCUUAUGACCUGU